UAGGUGUGUGUUUGCGGUGUGUGUUAGAUGCGAUGUCAGCAGGUGGGAGGAAGUAAUACGAGUUGUUGUGUGUGUCUGAGAUACUCCCUGCAGAGUUGGCCCACUUCACUCUCCGCACAUCCCUGGCGCCUCCAUCUCCUGGUGCCCACUUGGGAGGCAAGGGAUGGGGAGGGGGGUAAACAAGGGAAGAGCUCUUAUUAAUGAACAGCGUCUGCUAACAUUCACACACCGCACCACUCACACCGAAACGAUUGACGGCUCAAUUCCAGCCUCAGUUUGUUGAGGCUUUUCUUGAGUUCUGGUUCUGAGGCUGUUGCUGCGUCCCAUAUCACGCUCAGUGCCUUCGUUGUACUGAAGACCGGGUUAGCUUCUGCGUUCUGGGCUCCAGGUCGUGAUCUGGAUUACGAUCUGGGGUCUGGUUCAUUUUGAGUUCUGCUGUCACUUGUACUGUCGGAAAAAAUUUUCUCGGUUGCAAGGGUAAAGUUACAACCAGGUUCUGGGCGGUGGUCUGUCAGGGUCUGGAUUGAGGUUCUGAGUUCCAAUUUUUUGCAUCUUUUUUUGUUUGAAUCUUUUAAAUUGUAUUCAUUCUGGUAUUUGGCUUGCAUCUGGAAUUCAAGGCCCGUAUUGGGAUUGGCCGCAGAUUUCAGCGCCCGGCAUAUUUCAGGGUCCCGCGCCGAGGGUUCACGCUCCCAAGUUCCGAGCUCCAGGUUUUCUGACUCCGGUGCGGGAUGGGGGGUUUCGAGGAUUCUGAGGGGGGCGGCUGCUGCUCUGGAUUUCUCGACUACGAGACGCCGAAGAGUGUGGUGGUGAAGAGCAGAGGCCUCGGCGUCGCCUAUCGCAUCGGACAGACGCUCAUCCUGGCCUAUUUCAUAGGGUACGUGUUCGUGUACCAGAAGGCCUACCAGGCGACUGACACUGUGAGCGAGGUCUCCAUCAUCACGAAGGUGAAGGGGGUGGCGGCGGUCGGCUCCGUGGGCACGGAGGCACGCCGCGUGUGGGAUGUGGCCGAGUGCGUUUCUCCCGCUCAGGGCUCCAGCAGCUUUGCCAUCAUCACAAACGUGCACGUGACCCCCGAACAGACCCCGGGCAACUGUCCUGAGGACGGAGAUAACAAAUUCGCGAAGUGCACAAACGACACGAGCUGCCUUCCCAGGCACAACGAUCACCUCUAUAGCGGAGAGAAGACUGGGCGCUGUGUGCCAUUUGACAAGAACGUGUCGACAUGCGAAGUGAAUGCCUGGUGCCCGGUGGAGGUGGAGGGAAAGAACACGGGGAAGCGUCUGCUGCGUUCGGCAGAAAACUUCACCAUUCUCAUCAAGAACAACAUCCGCUUCCCCAAGUUCAACGUCUCAAAGGGGAACCUGCCGGAGAACAUGGACAAGAAUUUCCUAAAGUCGUGCCACCAUCACCCAAAGCACAACAACCUGUGCCCCAUCUUUUCCCUGCGCGACAUCCUAAGGAGUGCUGGGCAAGACUUCAAAAGCAUCGGGAUCAAUGGUGGAGUGCUGGGCGUCCUCAUCGAUUGGAGGUGCGACCUCGACUUCAACACCUCGCUCUGCGAGCCGCUCUACUCGUUCCGACGCCUCGACACGGUGUCCAAGGAGAACCCCGUGGGCUCAGGGUACAACUUCCGGUUCGCUAAGCACUACGUCUUCCCCAACGGCACGGAGCACCGCACGCUCAUCAAGGCGUACGGAGUGCGUAUCGACAUCCUCGUGUCUGGCCAGGCCGGGAGGUUUGACCUCAUCCCAACCAUCAUCAACCUCGUGGCAGCUCUCACUUCAGUGGGAGUAGCAUCCAUCAUCUGUGACUGGGUGCUUCUGAACAUCAUGCGUCAGCGCUCCGUCUACCGGCAGAGCAAGUUCGAGGAGGUCACCUCCUCCCAGCAGUGCAAGGCCAGCAUGGAGUUUUCACCGUCGCCCUCACAGGCGGUGGCGAGGGUGAACGGCAUCCCCAGCAGCUACCCCUCCUCUGACGACUCCAUCCUGUGAUCCCUCUCUCCACGACGCACCUCCAAUUACCACCAGCACCUCCUAUUAGCACCCGCACCUCCUAUUAGCACCCACACCUCCAAUUAGCACCCACACCUCCAAUUAGCACCCACACCUCCAAUUAGCACCCGCACCUUCAAUUUUCACCUCCACUUCCGAUUAGCACCCAAAAUUCCAAUUAGCACCCACACCUCUGCUUAAAACCCACACCCUCACUUAACACGGUUGGCUAUGUACGGUGCGAAAGAAGUUGAACAUACACAUGCAUACAUGUGUACUCGCCCGAAACCCCUGCUUGGCUGAGACAUCGGUCACAACACUUUCUCAUGAUAAUUCGCCUUCCAUUAUCUAUUGAGUGUUGAGGCUCAAGCAAGACGCUGACCGUGAAACAUGGUCUUCUGGAUGCAAAGCUUAUGAUACUGAUCCUGAGACUGAGGUUUUUGGAAUUGAGUUCGAAUUAAGACAGUGAUCCUUAAACCUAGACGUCUAGCGCUGGGUAUUGAUACACUCAUGCUCAAUUAUAGUCUCCUCGAAUGUUAUUGCAGUAUGUAUGUAUAUAUGUUGUACUUCUUUUGCACCGUAUGUAGCCAACCAUGCUCAUCGGAACUGCAGUAGACAGUGAUUUUGAAGCAUGGUCUUUCAGAGCCAAGUUGAGACAUACUGAACCCUAGUCUUCUGGAGUCAUAUCUUGAGAAAUACAUCUGAAACACAGUCUCCUGGAGCACUGUCUCAAUCAGUACGUCAGUCCUGAUAACUAUCUUUGAGCAAAGGUUAAAUAUGCUACACCCGAUGCCCCAUAGUCCUGGAGCAAAGUUUCUGAGAUACUGAUUCUGAAACUCAUACCGAGUUACCAUUGACAUCUAACUCGAGGGAAUGUGAGUUCACCUGAACUCCAGUUAAACUCAAAUUGGUAACACAAAACGAGUUAUGUGGCUCAUGAAAAUGCGGAAUUAGUUGCCCAGCUCAAGGUCCUAUGACACGAAUCCUAAAACUUGCUGUCAUGAUGCUGGAUCUCAGGAUUUUAAUUCUGACCUCGUGACAUUACCAGUUCAUUUAAUUUCAAACAUGCUCCCUGUAGGCCAGAUCUUUGUGGAGGUCCUCUGCAAAUCCCAAGAUCAGACGGAGUAAAUUUGGUUGGGUACAGGGCGGGAAUAGAGUGGAUCAGGGUUUGAAAGAUUGCAUAUGGAUUCGAAUGGAUAUGGGUUACGGGCAGUUUAUCCAGUUCAUUGGAAGUGGGUAGAGUUUAAGAUUAUUCAAGUGAGUGGAACCUCAUUGAAAUGGAUUCUCAUUAUACAAAUGUAAAUCCUGGUUAUAGAUUGUCAUGAAUAGAUGUACUUUAGAGGAGAGAGUCUUGCUAUUGUGCAUGUGAAUGUAACCUAAUCAACUGUAAUUAAUAAACGUACAGUAUAUAUAUGAUUCUAUGCAUCUCCUUUAUUUAACAACGUAGGAGCUCAUUGAUAUGAUCAUAUUUAAGAAUAGGUUUUACCCUUUUAACUGGCACAAAAACUGACACCUUUAUUCAAGGCAUCAUGUUUGCAAUAACCACAAC